AUGAGGCAUACCGUGGUCUUCAUCAUCCCCCGUUGUUGGGUCUUUUUCGGGAUAUUGUUUUUUCCCUGCAUGAAACAUGGAGAAACCCUACCUGAAGCAUCACUUCCUUAUCAACGAAAGAAAAUCAAUUCCCCCCCUAGGAACUGGAGCGAAUGGCCAGGGUUUCGGGUCUCUACCACGUCGCCGCCCUACGGCGAUGGUGACUUGGAACUCGACGAGGCUACUGCGGGGUUAGGUGUCAUGCCAGAGCUGUCCAGCGUCUCCUCACCGCCGACAGCAAGUUUGCCUGCCUCCGCACCCUUUCUCCCGUUCAGGAAAUUGCCUCUGGGGCAUGGCGAGGAUCGCCAGGAUAUGUCAGUGAAUUUCGACAGAGACAAGCAGCUUCGCCUGCAGGUUCCGGGCGUUGUUCAGGAAUCAGCCUCUACAGGAGAGGUGACGGGGGCGGGAACGAUUCAUGUCGGCAGUUUGCCUCAUCCAAGUGUUCUGCAGGAGAAGCUUCGCGGAAUUCGGCGAAUCAUCUCGGGUUCCCUGCCGUCGAGAUUGCAUCUGGUACCACUGCAUAGUCAGCAGAUGGGAUAUACGAUUUCUUUUCACGCAAACAACCCGUCUUUUGCCGAGCGGCGUAGUGCGGGCGAGCCUUCGGUGGCUGACGGGGAAGCCAGAGUUGCGCACGGACCGGCACCUGGACCCAGUUCGAGUGGGACAUCACCAAGCGCGGGUGCGACGAUUCCUCUUUCUACGGUUGUGUCAGAGAGGGGCAAAGCCGCAUUAGCCAACGCCGCCGUCCGGGUCGCCGCGGCACAAAUGUAUAUACCAGCGGCUGCGCAGCUCUCGGCAGCCCUCGAUGCGGCUCUGCCUGCUUUUUCCAGCUUCACUGUAGAUAUUUCGUGGCCAUUUCCCCGCACAGCUAAACUUACGCGGGGCGCCAUCCUCGGUUCCGGCUCUGCCGCGGUCGUCGUUGCAGCAUUGGAAGAAGGCCAUCAGGAAGUAGCGCUGAGGUUGCUCCAAGUAAAGGGACAGGCUCGAACAUCAACUCUGCUCGGAACGUAUGCUGAUGAAGCCCGCGCGACUAUACUAAAGAUUGUUCAUCUGCUGGGUCCAGCGAACACGCAGCAUGCGCUGGCUUGUGGUCUCGCCUUCCCUCUGUACAGCGGAAUCAUUGGAACGGUCGGCGGGGGUCCCGCGCCUCAGUGGGCGCUCGAAGAUGACACGGCGCCGCAGUUCUACACAUUCGUGGUGGCGUACCCGCGAGCUACAUGCUCUCUCGCAGAUGUCCUCCUCUCAGUGCGGCUUCCGUUCUCUAGCAUCCAGUCAAUCAUCAAGCAGAUGAUAUUGUCUGUGGCAAACCUCCACAGCAUGGGCAUCGUCCACGGAGACAUCAAGCCUGACAACUUCCUAGUCACAGGAGCCGGUGACAUCCUUCUAACCGAUUUUGACGGUGCAGUGAAGACCCAAGACGGCAAGGGGUGUAAUUACCUGGGAACGGCAAAAUUCAGGGAUCUUUCAACAACAGAGGCUGUUUAUCGGCGCGCCAGUCAAGGCGGUAACAUUGACUGCAGUGAGGAAAGGGACACGUGGGCACUCGGGAUUUCCCUGUACUUUGUAGUAUGUGGAGAGCCGCCAUUUAAUCUCCUCUGGGUUCCCGUUCUCAAAGUGAGGGACACGCUCCGCGCGGCAGCUAAUAAUAACGAGUCUGUGUCGUUUACAAGAUGUAGGCACAGCGGUGAGAAGGGCUUCACGGAUAUAAAGAUGGCAUUGUCGGCGUUUCUCAGGCAUGAACCCUCAGCGCGUGUCCUUCCAAAGAAUGCAGUGCGGACAUGGCCUAUGUUCCAGCAGCCCUAA